GUGCGACUGCACGACAUUCAUUCAAACAAAGAAAAUCCAUCCACGGGUUUGCUGGUCAACCCACCAACACACCAACACAAUGGCGACACCAAAGAGGAUAUCACCAACAACGCUACCUGCCAAUAUUACCCGGCAAAUCCGCCGCCAAUUCUCCUCGUCACCUUCACAGGGCUUCCCCUCGAAAUACUACCCUCCUUCGUCCAAGACCAAUCCGCAGAAGAAACGAGCCACGCUCGCGGAACCGAGAUUCCCGGCCAUCUCGUACCUGCCGUCGCCCUCCAACGACCCACAACAGCAUGUAGUGCCCUCGCAACUGCCGAGCGCGGCCUCCCUCCAGCAAGCCAGCACCGUCUUCACGUCGCAGGCGCCGCGCUUCCUCUACUCGGCCUCGCGCUUCCUGCACAUCCCCGUCAACACGCACACGCCCGAGGUCUGCCUGGUCGGGCGGUCCAACGUGGGCAAGUCGACGCUGAUCAACGCGCUGGCGGGCGCCGACGCCGACACGGCGCGCAAGGCGCACGGGCUCAAGGCCCGGACCGCCGGCCUGGCCAUCACGAGCCGCGUCGCGGGCAGCACCAAGAGCGUCAACGCGUACGGCUUCGGCCCGCCCAGCAAGGCGCAGCGCAUCGCGGCCCUCGAGCGCGCCCGCGAGGUCAAGGAGCGCCUGCGGAUCGAGACCGGCAGCCGCAGCGAGCGCCGCGCCAAGCGGGACCUGCUCGAGCCCCCGCCCCAGCACCGCCUCAUCAUGGUCGACCUGCCCGGCUACGGCCUCGGCUCCGAGGCCGAGUGGGGGACCGAGAUCCAGAAGUACCUGGCCCGGCGGCAGAUGCUCAAGGGCGCCGUGCUGCUCAUCGACGCCGUCGCCGGCAUCAAGGAGGCCGACCGCAUGGUGCUCGAGACGCUCCGCGACGCCGAGGUCAGGACGUCGGUGGUGCUAACCAAGGUGGACAAGCUGAUGCGCGACACCAGGGAGGAGCGGGCGCGGAGCCGGGUCGAGGAGGUCUGCCGCAGCGUGUGGAACGAGCUGAGGAGGGUCGAGGCCGGCAGCGCUACGUGGUUGGAGGGUGCCGAGAAGGGGUGGCAGAGGGAGAUCUGGGUCACCUCGGCGGGGGACCCGGACGCCGAUGGGAACGGCGUGGGCAUCGUCGGAGCGAGAUGGGAGAUCUGCCGCCUGGCUGGGCUGGUGGAGGACAAGCGGGUGCUCAAUGCGCCGCCGCCGAAGCCGGCCGCCCAGAAGAUCGUGUCCUUUGACCAGAUCCAGUGGAUGGCUGAUUCGGAGGCCAACAAGGCUAGGAUAUUGCCGCAGCGGCCAUCGUUCUGAGGUUAAAGGGGGUUUCCAUCAUUGGUCGGUUGAGGAGGUUACGGUACCUGGGAAGAGCGUGUAUGGAUAAGGUUGUAAAAUAAUGUACUGUAC